CGAACAAGUCACAGAGCUUUAGACCCAGCUGUGAUCUGUGAUAGCACAAUUGGAGCAAACUCGACUUAGAAAUUGCGGCCUCGCGUCCCAACCUGUGGUCUGGGCAUAAGCCAUCUUCAGAUACUAAUUAGUCCUUUAUCUGUGGAUCUCCCGGAGUUGUGCCCCAGGUCCGUUGAAAAAGAGUCAUCAAGUGCUUUUCUCCGCCUUUUUAAAGCUCCGCAACCGCCAACCCCCAAAUUAACCUCAACAGUCUUUGGUGAUAGUGCAGCUCAGGGUUGACUGAGUGCUCUCUACUUCAUUAUCUUCACAUUGUUUGCGGAUCACGUCACGAUGCGAUCUUUCCAGGUUGCCCGCCGUCGGGCGUUACUACAGAGCUUCGUUGCCCCUGGCGCCCCCCAAAACUCCGCACUGAGUCAAUUAUGGAAGAGAUGCUUCAGCGCAACACCAACUGCUGCUUCCAGCUUAGCUGGUCUUGAUCCUUCCAAGCUUACAGUUACCAAGACGAGCACGCCCAAAGAGUUGACGGCCGCCAAGGACCUUGUCUUCGGAAAGACCUUCACUGACCAUAUGCUUUCGAUUGAAUGGACAGCGGCUGAUGGCUGGCACACCCCCCAGAUCGUUCCGUACCAGAACCUGAGCCUCGACCCCUCAGCCUGUGUGCUUCACUAUGCAUUCGAGUGCUUCGAAGGUAUGAAGGCAUACAAGGACAACAAAGGCCAAAUCCGGCUGUUCCGCCCGAACAAGAAUAUGGCACGUUUGAACAAGUCGUCUUCCAGAAUUGCGUUGCCCACCUUCGACGGCGAGGCUCUGACCAAACUGAUUGGAGAAUUCGUGAAGCUGGACAGCAGAUUCAUCCCGGAUGCUCGAGGAUACUCGUUAUACCUGCGUCCGACGAUGAUUGGCACUCAAAAGACUCUUGGUGUCGGACCCCCAGGUUCCGCCCUUCUAUUCGUGAUCGCAAGCCCUGUUGGCCCUUACUACCCCACUGGCUUCAAGGCUAUCUCUCUUGAGGCCACCGACUAUGCAGUCCGCGCUUGGCCCGGUGGCGUGGGAGACAAGAAGCUAGGUGCGAAUUACGCACCUUGUGUUCUGCCUCAACUCGAAGCUGCCUCCCGGGGUUUCCAGCAGAACCUGUGGCUUUUCGGAGAGGAGGAGUAUAUCACUGAAGUUGGCACGAUGAAUCUCUUCGUCGCAAUGAAGAACAAGGAAACUGGUCAGAAGGAGCUGGUGACUGCACCAUUAGACGGGACAAUCCUUGAAGGUGUCACUAGAGAUUCGGUGUUGGCUCUGGCAAGGGAAAGACUGGUGCCAAAGGGGUGGGCUGUCGCAGAGCGCAAAGUCAGGAUGACUGAGCUUGCUGAAGCAGCUCAGGAGGGAAGACUAAUUGAGGUCUUCGGAGCCGGAACCGCGGCCAUUGUGAGCCCCGUACGAAAGAUUAGCUACAAGGGUCAGCUGGUCGACUGCGGUCUGAAGGAAAACGAAGAGGCUGGAGAAAUCGCCUUGCAAAUGAAGAACUGGAUCGAGGGUAUUCAGUACGGUGACGAGGAGCAUCCGUGGAGAAAGAUCACUGUUUCUGGACUGAUUUCUUCCUAG